AUCAGCAAAAAACCACAGUGAUUGAAAACGGUGAAAUCCGAUUCAAUGGAAAAGGGAAAAAGAUUCGGAAACCUCGAACCAUUUACUCUAGUCUACAACUCCAGGCUUUAAAUCACCGCUUUCAGCAGACUCAGUACCUGGCACUUCCAGAGAGAGCUGAACUGGCAGCCUCAUUAGGACUGACCCAGACACAGGUGAAGAUCUGGUUUCAGAACAAGCGCUCCAAAUUCAAGAAGCUGCUGAAGCAAGGUAGCAACCCCCACGAGAGUGACCCUCUACCCGGCUCCGCCGCCCUCUCCCCUCGCUCUCCGGCUCUGCCUCCAGUCUGGGACGUUUCAGCCUCUGCCAAAGGAGUCAACAUGCCUCCCAACAGCUACAUGCCUGGCUAUUCUCACUGGUAUUCUUCUCCACAUCAAGACACAAUGCAGAGACCACAAAUGAUGUGA